AUGGAUACUUGGAAAAUCAUUUGUGAGAUGCCUGAUAAGGAAAUAAUUAUGCUUGAUUGUGAACCCUAAAACGUCAAAGAGGAGCUGCAAAAAAAAACUAAUAAAAUAACUUGUGAUUCAAUUAUUCUAGUUGAAAUUUCUGAAACAGAAAACUAGACACCAAAUGGUUUGGGUUAAACAACAGAUAACUAAACAAAAAAUUAAAUUUACUUCAAAGUUUAUGAUGCACAUUAACUUUAAAGAAAUUUGAACGAAACUGAAAGGAUUACGGCUGAGAAAGAAUAAUAAAUUAAAGAGAUAUAGGUUAAAAAUAAUACUCUUGAAAUAGAUCUAAAUAAGAUGAUUAAGAAAAAUAAUAGCCAAGAGUAGACUAUUAUAUAAUUAUAGGAACAAAAUUAAAUAUUAUAAAAUAAGAAUAAAGAAUUGCACAUAGAAGUUAUAUAAAUUACUUCUGAAAAGAACUCAAUUAAUUAAGUGUGGCAAUCAUGUUGUAGUUGUCUGUCCUAACAAAUGUCACAGCUUUGCCUCAAUACUUUGAAUGCUAAUCAAGCUUUUUAGAUGAAGAAUUCAGAAAAUUUAUAAAUUUAGAUUAAAGAUCUAGAAGAUUAAUUAAGAUGUUCAAAAAAAGAGAAAGAUGAACUUAAAUAGUUGUUAUAAUAAGUCAACCAAAAAUUACCAAAAGAUAACAAUAAUAUUGUUAAUUCUGACAAUUCUUCUACUCUUUCAAGUAAAGAGAUUUAUGAAAAGUUAUUGGAGGCUGAAUAUAAGUUAGGUAAUUUAGUUGAAGAAAUGAAAGAAAAAGAAAAAUAGCAUUAUUUGGAUAUAUAAUAAUUAUCUAAAAAUUAUAAAAAUUAAAGCGUUGACAAUGACAUAGUAAAAAUGAAAGCUGAAAAAGAAAAGUAAAUUUAGGAAAUCUAGGAAAUACGUGAUUAGCUUGAAUUAGAAUUAAAUUAGAUAAAUACAAGAUGUAGCGAUCUAGAAUAAAAUAUUUAAUAAUUAUAAGAAGAUAAUUAAUAAUAAUAAAGAGACUAUGAAAUAUAAUUUUAAAAAAAAAAUGAAGAAUUACAGAAUGAAAUGAAUAAAAAGAAUUAAGAAAUAUAGAUAUUAAAUGCAGAGUGGCAAAAUUAUUUUAAUUAGGUGACCACUUAAUGUUAAUAACAAUUUUCACAAGAGAUGCAAUUGGCCACUAAUGCAAACAAUUAAUUAAUUGCAUAAAUAGAUCAUCUUUAAAGAGAACUUGGAGAGGAAUAAUUAAAUUCAAAAGCUGAGACAGGUAAACUAAAAUAAUAUGUAAAAUCAGAAAGGGAAAAAUUAGAAAUGUCUAAAGACAAUGUUGAAUAAUUAGAAAAUACCGUUACAUCGUUAAAUGAUAAAAUUAAAAAGUUAGAUAGAGAAUUAAAAAAAAGCAAUAAUAUAAUUAAUGAAUUAGAAAUGAAUUAUAGAACUACAAAUACUAAUGCUCAAGACGCAAAUGCUACUCUUGGUUAAAGAGAUAUAGAGAUUAAAAAAUUAUAAAGUGCAAAUAAGAGUUUAAUAGUUCAAAUUGAGGAAUAAAUAGAAGAGAACGAUAAGUUAUCAAAUUUAAAAUAAUAGUUGGAAGGUAAAGCAAGUAGCUAACAGUAGCAAAUUACAGAAUUAAAGUCAAAAAUAGAUAAAUUGAAUGAGGAUAUCGAACGCUUGAAAGGAGAACUAGCAAAAUAAAAAUAAGAAUAUGACAAAUAAAAUGACGACUUGAGAAUAUUAUAAUAAUAAAAGGAAUAUGUUGAUUCAGAAUUAAAAGAUUUAAGAAAUUAAUUAUAACAAACCAAGGAAUAAUUAGAAUAAUAACAAAGUAGAGGGGAAAAUAAUGAAAAGCAAAUAUCACAACUCAAAACUCAAAUUAUUAAAUUGGAAUAAGAAUUAAAAACAGUUCAGGGUUCAAAUAAAGAAAACUAAGAGAUAGUAGGAUAGUAAAAACUAAAAUUGUCAGAAAAAGAUGGGUAAAUAGGCUAAUUAGAAAUUAAACUAUAAUAAAUUGAAAAAUCAUUAAAGCUAAAAGAGGAAUAACUUUUAAGUGAUUAAGCUUAAAAUAAAAAAUAUAGAGAACAAAUGGAUGAAAAGAUUAAAUUAAUAAAGCAAGAGAAGGAAUAAACAAAUUUAAAACUAAGUGUCAAAGACCAUAUUCUUUCAAAAUUAUCAAGGCAAGAUGAUAAAUAUCAAUAUAAAGUAGUUGGUGUUAUGGAAAAAAUAAUGUCAUCACCUUAUAAAAUUAAAGAAAUGAACAAAGAUGCGAAUGUUAUGUUUGAUGUGAAGGAAUAUGACAUUUUUGAGAUAACUGCUGAAUAUGAUUAAGCAAAGCAUCUUUUGAAUAAUAAUUAAUAUUUCUUAUUUGAACAGUGUUUAAAAAAGACUGCAAAGGGCAGUGUGACAUUAAAUAGAAGUGUAUAACCAAAUGCCGAGUCCACAUUUUUUAAGGGUUAUUUAAGUGUGGUAACUGAGGCAACCUAAAAUGAAUUCAAAGGGAAAUACUUAUUAAGAAAAGAUCUAUAUUCUUAAAAUCAACCUUUUAUUAAUUUAGAUGAGGCAGCUUAAAUGUCUAAAAACAACUUCUUAUGUUAAUUUUUGAUGGAACAAUUUAAUAAAGUCUUAAGAUCAUAAAAAUUAAAAGAAGGAGACUAUAGAAUCGCCAGACAAUUUGUAUUAAGAGAUAAAGAUAAAGAAGAAUACUAUUAUUGUGAAAUGGUUGAGGAAGGUGAAUUUAAAAAGAUUAAUGGCGGAUGUUUUCUACCUAAAGAUAAAAUUGAGGCAGAUUCCUAUUUUAAUGCCUUCUCUAAAUAUGUAUAUGCAUUUUCAAAGGAAAAUUAUAUUAUAUCUCAUCUUCAAAUUUGUGGAAAAUUUGUAUAUGAUAUGAUAGUUAGCACAACUUAUAAAGGAUUGUUUUCAACCUUAGAUUAAGGAGAAAGUGAAAUUGAAUAGGUUUUAGAAAUAAUUAAUGCCUAAAAAUAAGAUGAAUUUAAACUCCAUUGGAAUCAAAAAAUAGAAGAUUUUGCUAAAGAGGGACUUAAAUGA